AUGCCGCAGCACUUGGUACCCCACACAGGGACAGGAAAGCGCACUACAAUAGAGGACUUUGAGAUUGGACGCUUUCUUGGUCGUGGAAAGUAUGGCUUGGUUUACCUAGCACGUGAACAGUCCUCCAAGUUGGUGGUUGCCCUUAAAGUGCUGUAUAAAUCCUACAUCAAAUCGGAGCGUGUUGAGGGCCAGGUGCGCAGGGAAUUGGAUAUACAUCUUAAUGUGAGGCACAUAAACAUAAUUCGCUUGUAUACUUGGUUCCAGGACGAGACCCGAGUCUUUUUGGUCCUCGAAGUGGCUCCGUACGGCGAGCUUUACCAAAGGUUACAGCAGUUCGGGAAGUUUCCUCUACCCGUUGUAAGCAAGAUUAUUCGAGACGUGGCACAGGCGAUACAGUAUCUUCACAGAAAGAACAUCUUCCAUAGGGACCUUAAGGCAGAAAACAUCUUGAUUUGCAAGGGGAAAGAGACCAAAGAGCACACAGAUGCGCACAAUUCAGAUGACUCCAUUUCUGUGCAUGAACACGAGCUAGUCCGAAUGGCACACUACACAUACAAGAUUGCAGACUUUGGAUGGUCCGUGCACCAUCCAACCCACGGUGGCCGACGACGCACCCAGUGCGGAACUCUCGACUACCUUCCCCCGGAGGUCAUGCUCGGACAAUCUUAUGAUAAGGCUUGCGAUAUCUGGUCACUCGGAGCCCUGUGCUAUGAGCUCAUCUGUGGCACCGCGCCCUUCUACCACGACGAAAUCAAGAUCACACGACAAAAUAUAGCCAACGUAGAGUAUAGCUUUACUAAGGACUUCAGCCCAGCCAGCAAAGAUUUCAUCCAGCGGAUGUUAAUUAGAAGCCCAGAGGCCCGGAUCUCCAUAGAGGAUAUCCUCCGGCAUCCAUUCCUGAGACAGACAGAUCACAGGAGUAAGGUCCCCAAGUAG